ACUUUUCCUUCUCACCGAAAGCUGGAUGAGUGUGGUUCUCCAGUUUGCCCCGUAACGUGACGCCGGCUGUGUUUUCUCUCUGCCAUCACCAAACAAACAAGCAAGUCAGCAUCAUCCCAAGGGCUUCAUACUUCCUUCUCUUCACCUCUUUACCUCUCCAUACAGGUACACCGAAGCCACGUACCAUCCCUUGGCCUGAGAUCUUCUACUGAACACUGGGGCUUCUCUAGAUCUAUGCGCGACGCCGACGUUGACAAACUGCCACCCCCUGGACGUUGGAUCACGAAGCUCUGAUGAGCGUGAGCACCAGCGAGACGACUUACAUGUCCAGUACCAAAAGACACUCUGUGGGCGGCAUCAGACGCGUGGACAGCCCAAGCAAUAAUGUCCGGCGUCACUCUCGAAAUAUGUCUGCUGCCCGCCGGCGCCGAGUUAGCAGUAACGAUGCCUAUACUUAUGGCCUUCGGGUAGCCUUCUUAGCCUACCUUCUUCAGGCGCGAACGAAAAGAGUGCAAGCUGCUCCUCCUCCGCCUCGGCCACAGUCACUCAACCGGGCUUCAACCUCGUUUCAUGACCUGAUGAAGGACUUUAGCUUGGUGCGGGACUCGAAAAGCACCAGGUUCCCUCAUGGGUUCAUCAGCGAGCUUGAAAGACGACUGACGGGUGUCCUGAUUGGCAGGGAGAAUAGAAAGGAAUUCCAGGAUUCUACCGUCAAAAGGACGUUUGGGGCCUUUCUAAACUCAUUAAAGGAGCAGACAUUCAAGAAACGGAUGGAAAAGGACAGGCGAGUCGAGGAUCUGGUGCUUAUUUUCUUCUCAAAUGCAACCAAGGAGCUGUCCAAGGGGAAGGCCCCGGAAGACACCAGCUGGAAACUGAUGGUAGAUCGCCAUGUUGCAUUGUUUGUCCGGCUUAUCACUUUCAUUCUAAAGGACCAUGACUGGAUCAAAGACCGACCAGAGCUCGCAAGCAGGCUUGCAACACUGGAAAGCAAGCUGCUUGCUCAUGACCAAAAUCUUACAGUGUCUUCUCAAAGAGAUAGCCACACUAUUGAAGUUGCGGCUCCACUAAGCUAUGAUGUAAAGGACAUGCCUCUAGUGCUGACUGUUGCAAAGGCAUUUGGUCUACGGAACUCCCAGGUCCAGUCGGAUAUCAACAAGAAUAAAGAUGCCUGGACGGGGAAGGAAGCACUGCAGGAUUUGAAGCUAUAUCAAGCACACCUUAAUCUCAAUACUGGGGGUACUCUCUCCGUAGCCGAUUUUGAGAUUGAAGAGGGAUAUGAGGCAUGGAGAAAGGCAGAGGGGCCGGACCUCUCACAGAUGAUGUUGGCCAUAAUCCAAUCCAACCCAGAGCUUGCAAAGAGUACAGGUGCAACCUUACCACAAUUCAAUGCUCAGCUUGCGGACAACCCAACUGAGGAAGACUUCAACCUGGAUCCGUAUCCCAAUGCAUCGGAAGGUUCAUCUUACGUGAUCGACCAACCGGUGGAUAUGACCUCAUUAUCUCUGGAGGAACAGACCUACGAGCAUCCUGACACGAACUUGUACACUUUCAUACCCCCAGAUCCACGAUCAUAUUACCGGUUUCUGCUAAGCCAACUCCUCACACAUGACCUCAGUGACCAGUCUCUCGAGGCAUCGGAGGCUACCUCAGAAACUCCGGCUUCGAAAUUACUAUCAAAGCAGUCGACAGAGCUGCUCAAUGAAAUAUGUUUACGCUGGAGGAUACCUAACUUCACCCGAGUAGUUCUUUUCCUGGACGUCAUUCGGGAAAAGUACGUGGACCAGGAAAUUAGCCUAGACACUCUCGAUUCAGCAUUCGCGUUUGUCAAAGAUCCUCCACCGACCAAAAAUAAGCGCGCCAGCAUAGUCAUGGCACCUAUCUUGUACGAUAGGAACAAAUGGACACAGGCAGAUAUAUUCUGCAUGCAACGUGUCAUAGCUGGAAUACAUGAAGGUUUGCUACGACAGCUGUAUGAAACAAUGAUGUCCUGCUACGAAACCAAGAUUCCGCCAAUUGGCCCCGUGAUGUAUGUCCUAGAGAGUCACGUCGAAUCUGAUCCGUACUUUGUGGAGAGUACGGAGGAGCGGGAGCGGUUUCGGGAGUAUGCCUCUGAGGGGCUCCUAGAAAAAGCCAAAGCCAUCUACCAGGAGGCCCUAAAUAAAGAGAUUCCUCCUGAGCAGCAUGAGUGGGAGUUCCACCACGUUAUCCAGCUUGGCAAGGCUGUUAUGAAAGUCUGUCAACGGAUACAAAAGCGCUACAGAAAGAAUCCCGAUAUACUAGGAGUAAAUCCUAUUGCCGUCCUGGUUAAUUAUAUUCUCCCUGUGUAUGCUGAAGACGCAAGGGAUAUGAUCAUCCGGAUAAUGGAACGAGCGCAGGAAAAAAACGAGCAGAUUGAAAUGCAGGAUGGAUUCGAUUUAUACGGUGAGCUUUCUAGCAUUCGACAAGCUUACAUUGAAGCCCUUCCUGGCGAGUCAUUCCCUUUUCACCUUGAGGAACUGCUAGCGGAAUUUGUCUGGCGCUGGAUCCAGGUUACAAAUGCCAAAAUGAAUGACUGGGUAAACCAAGCAGUUAAACAGGAUAAUUUCAAAGUCCAAACGGAUUCUCCUGGUGAGAUACCCACAGAAGAACAGCGACAUAGUGUUUCAGUAACAGACGUGUUUCGGUCAUUUAAUCAGGUUGUGGACCAAAUAGUGCAAUUGAAUUGGGACGAUGAUGUAGGAUAUGCGAAGUUCAUGACGGCUAUUUCGCGGUCGAUUGGGAACGGAAUGGCAAGAUAUUGCGAAAUUUUGGAGGGACUAUUUAGCCGCGAGAUGGACAGAUUAACACCAGAGCAAGAGGCUGCAGCAAGACAGACAAAGCAGGAAAAGUGGAUGCAAAUGGCAAAGGACGCUUGGAGUAGCAAGGAAAAGGUUGAACCAUUUCAAUUCUUUCCAGAGGUAUGGCAACAUCUACUUACUCCACUAUCUAUUCUUCUUCCAUAUCCUUGCCUAAUUAAAGGAAGCGGCUGCUGACAAUAACCUCUCACAGUCCUUUGUGAAACUCAAUAAUAUUGAAUAUGCACUGCAGAAAUUCGAUCAGCUGGAACGUGACAUUAAUGUCGAUGCGUGCGCCGAGGUGCUGGCAAAGAACGCACCGCCUUUAGCGAAGAGGCAACGCAAGAUAAGCAAUUAUGUCUUCACUGUCAAAAUUGUUGAAGCCGAAGAUUUGAAAGGCUGCGAUCUUGACGGCCUAAGUGAUCCGUACGUUGUCUUAACUGAUGAAUACCAGAAGCGAAUUUCCAAAUCGCGUAUUAUCUACAACAAUCUCAACCCACGAUGGGACGAUACGGUAGAUAUCAUGACAAAAGGCCCACUGAACAUUAUUGCAACCAUAUGGGACUGGGACGCUGUUGGAGACCACGAUUACGUUGGUAGAACAUCAAUGAAGCUCGACCCUGUGCAUUUUGCUGAUUUCGCACCACGGGACUACUGGCUGGACCUGGAUACCCAAGGAAGGUUACUCCUAAGGGUUAGCAUGGAAGGAGAGCGGGAUGAUAUUCAGUUUUAUUUUGGCAAGGCUUUCCGUACGCUUAAGAGAACGGAAAAGGAUAUGACGAGAAAGAUUACAGAAAAGGUAAGACUUGCUCACAUCCGAUAUCCAACAUCUUAAGUGUUAACGUGGUGUAUAGUUAUCGGCGUAUAUCAACCACUGCCUGUCGCGGCGAGCUCUUAAAGCCCUUCUUUCCCGUGGCAUCAGCAUGUCGACCGUUUCUAGUUACUUUAAUCGAAACCGGACACAGUCAAGCCAAGCGCCGACGCAAGCUGAGGUUGAGAACGCCCUUGCGCCUCUAUUUACGUAUUUCGAUGACAACUUUUCCAUAAUGAAUCAAACGCUUACAAGCCCUGCUAUGCGCACCGUUAUGGCUCGACUGUGGAAAGAGGUCCUUUCUACAGUUGAAUCUCUCCUUGUCCCGCCAUUAUCUGACAAACCGUCCAAUCAAAAGCCACUCACGCAGCUAGAACUUGACAUAGUUCAGACCUGGCUUGGAUUACUUCUCGCCUUUUUUAACGCCGUUGAUGAAGAAACAGGAGAAGCCAACGGGGUACCAAUGGAUGUCCUCAAAAGCCCCAAGUAUCAUGAGAUACAGACGCUGUUUUAUUUCUAUUUUGAACCGACGGAGCAGCUGAUCCGUACUUCAGAGCGCAUGGCUAGUGCCACUGCCGCUAGACAGCAGGCGAACCGUAACCGCCUCUCCGCCUCAACCAUGGCUCUAGGUGUUCCGGGUAUCGCUGGCGUCCUCUCCACCCGAC